AAAAAGCCAAAAUUUUGCCAUACCCGACAAAGGUUUUCCAAGAAGUAAAAUUCCUCUUUUCCCAACGCCUAACGGAAAUCAAACGUUUCGAUUACGAUGACGGUGGCGGAAUUUUUCGGCUGUAGCUUCCUCGCAUUCGGUCCACCGGUGGCCAUGUUUGCGCUGACGAUAGCCCACGAUCCGAUCCGGAUCAUCAUCCUGAUAGCAGCUUCCUUUUUCUGGCUCGUCUCACUGCUACUAUCUUCGACCGUGUGGCUUGCAGUUUAUCCGAUUUCACCACAGCUAACGUUCGGUCUGAUUUGCUCAGUUUUUAUUCAGGAAGCAUUCCGGUUUCUGAUGUACAAGGUUCUGCGCAAGACGGAAAAUGGCCUGCAAGAGGUGACGGACAUUGUGCGGAUCUCUGACUACCGGCACAUCCUUUCCUACUCGACCGGGCUCGGAUUCGGUAUCAUCAGUGGAGCGUUUUCGCUCGUUAACAUUUUGGCAGAUUCCGUCGGGCCGGCGACGGUUGGACUGAAGGCGGGUUCGAACGUUUUCAUGCUCACCAGUGCCGCUCAGUCGCUGGCCAUGAUUCUGCUGCACACCUUCUGGGGCGUCAUCUUCUUCCAUGCACUUGAUGUGAAGAAUUAUUACCACGUCAGUUACGUCGUGGCCAGCCAUCUGUUCGUUUCGUGCAUUACGCUGCUCAACACUCAGCAACUGUUUGGCGUAACGCUUAGCGUUUCCUAUUUGGUACUGGCCAUCACGGGAGUGAUUGCAUUUCAGGUGGUCGGUGGCACGGCCGCCUCCUUUCGUAAAUUUGUCACCUGCAAGUAGGAAGUGCGCUCUUGUGCCGUCCGUAUUAUAAAACUAAACAUGUAACCGACACAUCUCAUCGAUGGUAAUCACCUCUUAUUUGAUAAGAAAAUUAAGGUUCCACAAGUAAAUUACUUAUCUACUUAAUUAU